UUCUUCCUGAUUAUAGAUAUUCAGAAAUGAAGACUUUGGCACUGAUCUUCGUCUUUCUGUUGUCUUUCUUGCUCGAUCGAUCCAAUGCUGGCUUCCACUUUGUUCUCAUCCAUGGAGCGGGAGAGGGCGCGUGGAGCUGGUUUGAAGUCACUCAGAGACUCCAAGCAGCAGGACAUCAAGUGGAUGCUCCAGACUUGGCAAGCGCUGGACGAGACCGUACGGACGUCCAAGCAGUGAAAACUUUGGAGCAAUACUCGGCUCCAUUGAUCCAGAUCUUGGAGUCUCUGCCGGCAAACGAAAAGGUGGUUCUUGUUGGGAGCAGCCUUGCGGGAUUAAGCUUAACUUUGGUUCUCGAGAUGUAUCCCGAGAAGAUCGCAGCAGCGGUAUACCUCUCUGCUUUGAUGCUUCCCAGUGGGCCAAUUGCUGCGACUCUCUUCAAGCAGAUAUUUCAAACUUUUGGAAACAACGUGAUCGUGGAGUACGCAAACGGCUCGGGCACACCAGUUUCAGUGAGUUAUAACUUUGCCACGGUCCAAAACUUCCUCUACAACACCUCUCCAACCAAGGAUGUGGUGCUCGCCAAAACGCUCCUCAAGUCCUUCCCAUUUCUUGAUCCCACUGUCAACUUCACAAGGGCUCGUUAUGGCAGAGUCCCUCGCUACUUCAUCAAGGCAACGUUUGAUCAUGCGCUCCAGCCCACUGAUCAGGAAGAUCUCAUACGGAGAACACCACCAAAGUUAGUGCUUGAGCUUCCAUCUGAUCAUUCGCCAUUCUUCUCACAGCCCACGCUACUCGUCACAAAUCUCGUCAAUAUAGCAACGUUAGAAUUGCUGCUUUAGAUUAAUUUCUCAUAA